GUGGCACUUGAUUGACAGUAACAUCGACCAAUGACCACGCGAGAUCAAAGAGCUAUGGCGACAGUGGCCAGUCUGCUGAUUUGCAACCCGCCGAAACAGCAUCGGGGAAGAAGGAGGCCUUCGAUCGGUUCGCCAUGGACUGUUCCAGGAUCAGUGCCGUUUAAAUAGGACUCUAACAGUAGCGCGGAAAGCCGGCCAUAUCACAUUUCAACAAGACUCCCUUCCCAGUGGAGGCUUUGGCCUGCUCAGCCAGUGUUCAUAAAAACAAGUGGAUUAUCCUCCUCUUUAAAGUGUGCCCCUGUGGCCUUGUAUUGCCAAGCGAAUCAAGAGUCGACUCCAAAACUGAUUCGGCACACAGACGACGCUGAUAAAGGAAGAAAUCCGCUCCUGGGUUCGAAUCCAUGGAUUUCCAAUACCUAGUGUUUUAUGGGGGAGCCAGACAUUGUUUUGAGCACACUGCAACAAAAGCCCUCUAAAUGACUGUUCUAGUUACUGUAAUUUUGCAAGAAGAGACAAGAAAUACUUAAAACUACAUUGUUGAAACCAAGCAAAACCGUGUUUGUCUCAGAGGACAGUUUGCAGAUGGAUCCAACUUCUGGAAUGCACAUGUCUGCUGUUCCCCCAAACAGUGAGGUGGUCCAUGUGACUGUUGGGAAUCCUAUCAUAACCAUGUAUCAGACACCACAGGCCCCCAGCAUAGCGCAGAUCAUUACGCAACAAGUCAUACCACAAGAUGUCACCUGUCAAACUGUACCACAUACAAUUACUUCACAAGUUCAGAUAGCAUCACAAGUACAGGCUUCAUUGCAUGGCCAUGGUCCAGGACGGGGUCAAUCUCAAAGCCAUGGCCAGUCACAGAGUCACAUGCAGUCUCCAAGUCACGGACAAUCACAAAGUCAUAUGCAGUCUCAAAGUCACGGACAAUCACAAAGUCAUGUGCAGUCUCAAAGCCAUGGACAAUCACAGAGCCACAUGCAGUCUCAAAGCCAUGGGCAAUCACUAGUUCAUGUUUCACAAGGCUCAUCACAAAGCGAGAGUGUUGCAGUAUCGCAGGAUGGUGCCAGAUCAUCAUUGCAGGUCCCCUUUGCAGAGGUCGCUUCUCUGCUGGAUCCUAACAUGAAGAGCUCAAAAGCCAGAAAGUACCAAAUCCAUUAUGAGGAAGUAAAACGGAGGCUGGAGCCGCCAGAGAAGAUGUCACUCAGGUCUCUGGCUGCCUACACUAGAGUGAGUCGGGGUCCAGCCAGUAAAAAAACCCUCCUGGAAUCGCUGAAUGUGUUUGGCCUGUCACCAAGCACCAAUACGGCAGUGUCUAGUACUUUCUCCAAACUCACUGAGGGUGACACAGCAGCACUGUGUAAAGACAUGAAGGACUUUGCCUUACAGUACGUGGAUUAUGAAAAUAUGGCAAAACAGUUACUUCCAGAGACAAACCAGGUGCAGCACUGGUCAAAAAUAAUUGAGACAAGGAAUUAUCUGGAAGAGAUGCGGAAAGUUUUCAAAGACCCCAUUAACAGCCGUCUGUUUUCAAAUGUCACUCAUGGCCUCGGUAAUGGCGUGAUGGACGUUGCCCUUGACAUCAUCGAUACCGUCAUUGAUCGGCAGAUACGCAUCCUCUCAGGGAACACAGAUCCCAAACCUGAGCCACCUAUCAGGAGGAUCCGAAAACGCACACGUAAACCCAAGACCGACGUAGAGGAUGGCAAACCCAAAGAGAAGGCCAAAAGAGGCAGGAAGAAAGGCAAACAGAUGCGACUGGACACUGUUGACCCGCAGGUUCCGCAGUCCACAGACAUAGAGAGUAGCGUACUGACUCUGGUGUCUGUAGGAUAUGAGACCAUAUCGAGCGGCCUCGGCGCCACCAGCACGGGUUUAUCGUAGUCCUGAGACUGAUGGACGCUGAGAGCACCGUGUGCAUGCUGAGUGUUGACUUAAAGCACAUUUUAGCUUUGUAUUUUUUAGAUUUUGUUUAAAUGUUUUCAUCUAAAUGUGCUGUAUUCUUUUUUGGGUGUCUAAAAGGUUUCAUUAGGAGAGGUGAGAGGUUUAUAUCAUCGAGGAUUUUUUAAUAAGAAAAGGCUUUUUUCAUGUAUUAUUUGUUAGAUUCCUCCUUUUUUGCUUUUAACGAAGAACAAAUGUAUACAAGUAGGAUCUAUAAUCUUGAAAGAAAUCAAAACUGAUGUUUUGUGAAGUGCAGAGCAUGAUUCAGAUGAAUAAAAAAAUCAUGUCUAAAAAGUCA